AUUCCAUUCUAUCUCAUCCAUUCCAUCUAAUACUACCAAUCCGCACAUAGCCUUAACUCUAAUAUUCCAUUAUAUAAAAUCGUCUCAUGUUAGUUUUUUCUAAUUUCAAACUCGUAGCCGUACCAGUAUUCAAUUCACCUCCGCCGAAGGCACCCAAGCUGCACCAUGAAGUCGCUAUUUUCGCCGUUCACCGCCGGGAAACAUAAAUAUUCUGUGUAUGCAUCGGAUUCCGUUUUCUCCGUCCACCGCCGGCAGGAAUAGAUUCAAGGUAACACAAAUUAUCCUAUUCAAUUUCCAUUUUCCGUUGCUUUCAAUUUUCACCAUGUUCAACUUCAUUACAUGCCGCCACAAAACCCUAAUCCAUCUCAAACCCUUAACUUCCCCACAAACAUCACCGUUUUCUCCCCAUUUUUCCACCAACACUUCCGACUCAACCUCAUUUGCAGUCUCCUACCUCAUCCACAACUUUGGUUUCUCUCCACAAUUUGCUUCCAAACUCUGCUCCACUUACAAUGUUAAAUUCAAGACCACCCAAAAACCUGAUUCAGUUCUCAACUUCUUUAGAAACCACGGUUUCUCAGAACCCCAACUACGCGAUUUGAUUGCAAAGGGACCCUAUCUCCUUUCCUGCAAUCCAUCCAAAACGGUGUUGCCAAAGUUUCAAUUUUUUCUCUCCAAAGGCGCCUCUUACUCCGACAUUGUUAAACUUGUCACUAAAACACCCCGUGUUUUAUCUCCAAGCCUCAAGAAUCAAAUUGUCCCAACCUAUGAAUUGACACAUAGAUUCCUUCAAUCCGACAAGGACACUAUUGCUUGUGCUGUUCACAAUCCAACUUUACUUAGUCACCCUCAAGUGUCGCGUAACAUUAGAAUCUUAAUUGAGAACGGAGUGCUAGACUCUAGCAUUGCAAGAUUGCUUCAGAGGCGGCCUCGGAUAUUGGAUACACCUGACAUGUUGGAGCUGGUGGAGGAAUUAAAGAAUUUGGGUUUUAAUCCUUCAAAACCAGCCUUUGGUGUAGCAUUGGCUGCAAAAAUAACAGUAACCAAAACUCGGUGGAAAGAGAAAGUCGAUGCCUAUAAGAAAUGGGGCUGGUCGGAUGAAAAUGUUCUCGACGCAUUUAAAAGGCAGCCUAAAUGUAUGUUAGUAUCCAUUGCUAAAAUUAAUUCAGUCAUGAGUUUUUGGGUCAAUCAGUUGGGUUGGGAUGCUCUCGCCCUUACCAAAGGACCAACAAUUUUUUCGUUAAGUUUGAAAAAAAGGAUCAUUCCGAUGGCACAUGUACUGCAAUUUCUGAUGGAGAAAGGUUUGCGAAAAAAGAAUGCUAGCUUAACUUCUCCAUUUAUGGUGCCUGAGAAAUAUUUCCGUGAUAUGUUUAUAAAACGUUUUGACGAAUCUUCUUAUAUAUUAAAGUUGUACGAGGAAAAACGCAAUCUUGCAUGCACAGCUGAGAAAACUUGCAUGUGACGAUCAAGUAUUCAGGUCUAAUAAUACCUCAAAAGUUGGAUUUUUCUUGCAUUUAUGGGCAUGGAGUUCUUUUUUUGUGAUAGUGUGAAAUGAUUGAAUUAUCCAUGUUUGUUUAGCCCAAAAACCUGAAAUAGUUUUAAACUACAGUUGCAAAUACCAACAGGGUAAAUACUACUCUGUAGUUGUUGUUAUGGUGCAAUUGUGAAGAUCUCUCAAACUUCAACAUUGAAGCUACAAUUAUAGUUGGGAACUACAAUUGUUUAAUACUUGGCAAUCAGCUUUAGGCCACUGUCAGGCCAACUCUUAGGACCUGAGUUUACUUAGAUAUCAAGUCAUCAAUAAUAUAAAAUGAUACUCCUAAUUCAAAGUGUACAUUCUUUCUUUUCUGGCUUUAUUCAAAACCCAUUAACUUUCACAAAGAUGUAUUUUGAAACGAAUUAAAAUAUAAUUUUACAUGAUAAAAAAAUCUUAAUUUUCUUUGAACAAGUUCUGAAUUUGAGGUAGAGUGUAUCCAAGGAGGUAGAAUCCUGUUUAUCUACAUAUCACUAAAUUAGUCACAGUAUCAUUCAGUUGCUACAGUCCACAAAUCCUUGUCAUUUUGUUUAAAAACAUAGCUGGAAAAUGAUACUUUUUUAUUCAUAAAACUGGCAAUGGUGACUAUUUUAUAACUGUACAGUAGGAAAUUUGAAUACUGUCUUUUGGAGUUAUCAUAGGCAUGCUAACUUCACCAAAUCAUAUUUUAAAUAAAACUCAAAGUACAAAGUAUUUAAUCUAAUAAUAAACAAGAUUUUAUUACUAUAAUGAAGUUACAAUUGUGAUUGUGGAGUCCAGUUACAUAAAACACUAGUUUUAUGCCAUAGUCAGGUCUUUCGCAAGACUUAAU